GUUUUGCGUUUUGACUCGGCUGAACAAUGUUGGCAGGUUUCGUUGAGAUUGCUCCGUUCGUGACAUUGGCAGCGACUCGAAUCGUCUGGAUUGCCAUCCUCGUGGGCUUAUUUGUGCUUGCAAGCGUCCAAACAUCUCCAAACGCCUUCAUCCGGCAGCUCAUGGCAUGGGGCAAGACGGCGUCGGCCAACUCCUCCGGUCGCAAGUCGUCACCACCUCGUGUUGCCACGACCAAAGACGAAAUUCCAGAAUCAGAAUCCGCACAGGCAACGUCGAAAUUGUCACCGAAAGCAUCGUCCGCAAGUACAGACCCCAAGACCGAAGGAUUGUCCGGAAAACCAAACGAGCAUUGGUUGUCGCGCUUAAUGUAUUGGCGCGUGCCCAAAAGCGCCUUCAAGCACUUUUAUGCUCUAGCAACGACAUGGAACACGGUACUACUCGGCUGUUACAUUCUGUGGAGCCGGCAAGCUGUGGCACAGGCAGAAAAUCACGUUCAACUACUCGCCAAUCCCUCGAGUGCAAGCUCCCACCACGCGAGCAUCCUCGAGAUGCUGUCACUCCAACAGCUGCAGAACUUUGUGUGCAGCGGCUUUGAGGCGUGGCCUGGUUUCUCUGACGCCAUGACACGAGCAGCAAAGUCAUGGAUUGCACCGGGACCCAUGUCCUCCGUCGACGUGCUGCUGGCAAUGCUCAUGCUCGAGUUCCAGGUCGUGCGCCGGCACCUGGAGAGCCAGUACCUAACUGUCUUUUCGGACGGAACAAUGCAUGCCGCCCACUAUGUCUUUGGGCUGCUGUUCUACGUCGCCGCACCGUGGAGCUUGGUGGCCCAGUCCCCGCUCUGGCUUGGCGUGCAGUCGCCCGCGGUCUCGCUGGCCACCAGCUUUACUGGCCUGACGUCGUUUGCAGACUGGUAUGCUCUGGGCAUGGCAGCCCUGACGUGGCGUCGACUGCUGGCGAUCGAGCUUUUCGUGAUUGCGAGCUACCACCAGUUCCAGUGCCAUCGCAUUCUGGCAGGUUUGCGCACAUCGCGAAGCCAGGCCAGUGGGUACUUUAUGCCCCAUGGCGACUGGUUUGAGUGGUGCGGGAGCCCGCACUAUUUGGCAGAAAUCCUCGUCUACCUGUCGCUGUCCAUCAUGAUGGCUGGAGCCACCGACAGCGUGCUGUGCUUCUUUACAGUCGUAGUCAAUCUCUCCCAGGGAGCGCGGCUUGCCGAUCGUUGGUAUCGCACGCACUUUCCGGGCUACUCGAAGCGUGUGUUGCUUCCCCGCUUGUGGUGAUUCCGCACAGCCGCUCUUGGUGUUUUUUUCUUCGUUGGUGCAAUCCACACACACACUUGUUUUUUGUAUCAAUACACUCAUUCUUGUU